CUCAUUAUUUUUGUUUUGAUUCUCUGUUAAAUUGCUUAAAUACUUAAUGAUAAAUAAUAUAGUUUGAAAUAAAAUACAAGAAUCAUGUGCGUGUUUGUCUAUUUAUUUGUAAUUAAGUUACUAAGAUGCUGAUCUUCAUAGCUAGAUCAGAUAUGGCCGGUGUUCCCAAAAUUCAACGACGUUCAGAACAAGAAGAAAAUUUCUAGCUUCGAACAAAAAACUAGAGCUUUCAUCGGUGAAUAUGGCAACAACUAGGAGAAGAUCUCCUGGGUUCUUUUUUAGCUCAAGUGUCUUUGCACUACUUGCAUACCUCUUUAUAAGUACAGGGAUGGUGUCAGCCUGGAAGAAUAUAUGCGCUCCUGGGAAUAUAUACAUCGAUUCAGAGUCUGUAGUAAAAUGGCGGCAGGGGAAUUGCAUCGACUGUCAAUCUUGGUGCAUGGAAGUAUGUUCGGACUUGGGAACUUCGAUGGUCGAAUAUAGGUGUAACCUUCCAAGUUAUAGUACCGUGCAGUGUAAAUGUUGUUGUGAAAGAUUUCCGUCUUCCUCUCCCGAGCCACAACCCAGCCGUCCUCCUUCUCCUCCUCCAGAUCCAGAUGAUUUUAGCGGCCCAGCUCCGUAUGAUUAUGAUAUAUGUAUGUCCGGACAGACAUAUCUAAAGAUUAAACGUACAGAUGGAGAAGAUUGCAUUCAUAAAUCUUUAUGUGAUGAAAAAUGCAAAGAAAAAGGGAGGUUGACUGUGAGAACAGAGUGUGUAGCAAAUUGUACCGGUUCUCCUGGACGUACCGGUCCUCCUGUACGUGUGUAUGAAUGGUAUGAGCAGUGUUGUUGUGAAAACCUCACACCCCAACCACCUCCACUCUCUCCAUCACCACCGCCACCUUCAACUCCACCUCCAUCCCAAUCACCACCUUCGCCAACACCUCCAAAAAAUAUAUGCAACUUUAUACCAACUCGUACAAUGGAUUGCAGCCUUUGCACACGUGAUUAUUGUAAAACUGAAUGUUCGGCAAGAGGAUCUUCAUUAGUGAAAAUGGCUUGUGCUCCUUCUCUGUUACGGUGUAGGUGUUGCUGCAAGAACAUUACCACCCUACCAUCAUCAACUACAGCUCUUGGUCCAGUUAUUAUUAGUGGCAAUGCAGUGAGUAAUAUUUAAAUGAAACCAUCAUCCAGUUAUUAGCUAGCUGCUGUUAAUGCGAGGAUACGAGAUAUCAAGUUAGACUUUUAACUAUUAGCUAUCAAUAAGCAGCGUAUACUUCGUUUAAUCCUUCUUUCAUUAAGCAAGUGGGUGUCCAUUGUUUUCAUCUAUAGCUAGUGAUCUGUAUUUGUAUUGUUAACGUAUCCAAUAUGUACCUACCUACUUGUUUGACUUAUGAAUCUGACUUA